CUUGUCUUGACUGCUGUUCUUGGUCUUCCUCUGCUCCUCGUCUCCACUGAGUGCUCCCUUCCUACCAUCUCGGUCCUCUCCUCCAUUGGUGAUCCGCCUUGUUGGUGAUCUCAUCCGACCUCCAAGCUCACCACUGCUAGAGAUCUUGAGAGGAACACGGUCCUUCUUGGCAUCUGUGGAGAGGGGAGAAGGCCGGUGGAUAUUUUGGGGCUGGCAGUGGAACAGCAAGGUUCUCAGAAAAGAUUUGCUUGUAAGGUUUUGCAAGGAACAGCCCUUGACACCUGUGGACGGGGCACAUUUUGGGGUGGCAGUGAAAUAGCAAGAAGAAUGGAGUUUCUGGUCGGUCAGAGAGCGACGCGUUGAAUCUACUGACCCGGCUACCUGAUUGGCCUGGGAGGUUGCUAUUCCUUCGAGGUUGCUGUGACGGUUACUGUUGCCGCCGGUCGCGGUGACCAUUGACCGCAACUCAGCACUUCAUCCAUCGGCCACAACCAAUAAUUCCGCACAAACGCUGAACUAAUGGAGGCGACGGCACUGAGUGUUGGAAAGUCCGUGCUGAGUGGAGCGCUUAGAUAUGCCACAUCUGCCCUGGCGGAGGAGGUGGCCCUGCAGCUCGGAGUCCGGCGUGACCAGGUCUUCAUCACCAACGAGCUCGAGAUGAUGCAGGCUUUCCUCAUGUCUGCUCAUGACGAUGGAGAUGACAACAGGGUGGUCAAGGUCUGGGUGAAGCAAGUCCGUGACGUGGCCUAUGACGUCGAGGACACCCUCCAGGAGUUCGCCGUGCGCCUCGAGAAGCAGUCUUGGUGGCGUAUCCGUCGAAACCUACUCGACCGGCGUCGUGUGGCAAAGCAGAUGAAGGAGCUCAGAGCCAGUGUUGAGGAUGUCAGCCAGAGAAACAUGCGCUACAAUCUCAUCAAGGGCUCUGGAUCCAAGGCCACCAUGGCUGAGCAGUCUAGCAUUACUUCUUCAGCACUGGUUGGCAUUAAUGAAGCAAGGUGCAUGUCAAGGCAAGAGAAAUCCAAACUGGAUCUUUUUCAGCUGAUCAACCAGAAGGAGAAUGGCCUGAGGGUGAUCGCAGUGUGGGGAACAAGUGUUGAUCUUGGACAAACAUGCAUAAUCAGGACGGUAUACGAGAAUCAAGAUAUCGAAAGCAAGUUUCCAUGCCGAGCUUGGGUCAGGGUGAUGCAUCCUUUUAAUCUAAAAGACUUCGUUCAGUGUUUGGUCGAGCAGUUUCACGCAGCCAUAGGUGUUGAUGUUUUGUUGGAGACAGAGAAGACGUCCCAAGAGUUGAUCGAGGAAUUCAAUGGAUGUGUGAACAAGAAGCGUUACCUGAUUGUGCUUAAUGACCUAUCCACCAUUGAGGAGUGGGAUCGGAUUAAAAAGUGCUUCCCAAACAACAAUAUGGGGAGCAGGAUCAUAGUGUCUACAGCUCAAGUUGAAGUUGGAAGCUUAUGUGCAGGGCAAGGAAGCAUGGCAUCACAGCUCAGGCAACUGUCUGCUGAUCAAAAUAUUUAUGCUUUCCAUGAGAAGGUUUCUCAAGAUGAAACAGAUUUAAUUAAGACAGAAUCAAGCUCAAACCGUGCCAUUACCAGUACAGAUAACAACUCUACUACGAGUGAAAUAUCGGAGGACCAGUCAAAGGGUGCAGAUGAAAAAACUAUAGUAAAAAAGAGCUUCACCCGCCUCAGGACGACGGUGACUGCUUUGGAGGAAUCUCACCUUGUUGGGCGAGAGAAAGAAAAGGAUGAGAUUGUCAAAUUAAUUUCAGAUCAACCUACCCAAGAAUUCCAGGUGAUCACUGUGUGGGGAAUGGGUGGUCUUGGAAAAACCACUCUAGUCAAAGAUAUCUACCAAAACCAAGAGCUGAGUAGCAUGUUUGAGAAGCGUGCUUGCAUCACAGUUAUGCAUCCUUUCAAUCUUGAAGGUCUUCUUAGAAGCUUAAUUAUGCAACUAGAUAGAGAAUCUUCUGAAAAGAAGGAUGUGGCGGGUUUGAUGGGCAGCACAAAGAACAUAUUAUUAUUGAUGCCACUUGCAGAAUUGAGCAAGGAACUGGCAAGGCUUUUAGAAGGAAAGAGGUGCUUGAUUGUUCUUGAUGAUCUCUCAUCUACCGCAGAAUGGAACAUGAUAAUACCAAUUUUCCAUGGAAUGGAAAAAACAAGCCGGAUCAUAGUCACCACAAGGGAAAAAAAUAUUGCUGAUCUUUGUUCAGAGAACAAAGAAAAUAUAUACAUGCUCAAAAAUCUAGAAUACAAGGAUGCACAUGACCUCUUCACUAAGAAGGUAUUCAAGGAGAUUACAGAUUUGGAUACACAAUAUCCUGAGCUGGUUGAACAGACAGAACUCAUCUUGAGGAAGUGUGGUCGGCUCCCUCUUGCAAUAGUCACCAUAGGCGGCUUCUUGGCUAGCCAACCAAAAACCUCUUUGGAAUGGAGGAAAUUGAAUGAUCAUAUCAGUGCCGAGUUGGAGAUGAAUCCAGAGCUUGGGACUAUAAGGAUUGUACUUAUGAGAAGCUAUGAUGGUUUACCGUAUCACCUCAAGUCAUGUUUCCUAUAUAUGCCCAUCUUUCCUGAAGACUACAAGGUUGGCCGGGGACGUUUGGCACGUCGGUGGAGUGCAGAGGGUUACACAAGGGAGAUGCGCGGCAAGACCGCGGAGGAAAUAGCGGAUACUUACUUCAUGGAACUUAUAAGUAGGAGUAUGAUCCUACCAUCUCAACAAUCCCUUCAUAAUGCAAAAGGAAUUGAUUCCUGCCAAGUCCACGAUCUUAUUCGUGAAAUUGGUGUCUCAAAGUCAAUGGAAGAAAAUCUUGUUUUUACACUGGAGGAAGGUUGCAGCUCAAAUAGCCAAGCCAUGGUGCGCAACCUAGCUAUAAGCAGCAACUGGAAUGGAGACAAGCGUGAGUUUGAGAGCAAAGUGGACAUGUCCCGUCUCCGGUCAAUUACAUGUUUUGGUGAGUGGAAGUCAUUUUACAUUUCUCGCCAGAUGAGGUUGCUACGAGUGUUGGACCUGGAAGACAUAACAACAACUCUACAUGAUCAUCACCUGAAGCAUAUUGGGAAGCUUCUUCACCUAAGAUAUAUUUCUCUAAGAGGAUGUCUUGGUAUUACUCAGCUGCCAGAUUUAUUGGGUGACCUCAGACAGUUGGAGACACUAGACAUUAGAGAUACCAACAUAUUGAUGUUGCCAAAGACCAUCAUCAAGCUUCAGAAGCUAAACUAUCUUCGUGCUGGGAAGACAUCGGAGGAUGAGCGGUUCUCCUGGGAUAUGUCAGAGGAUUUGCCACACGCAUUGAAGAACCGACUCUGCAAUUUACUUUUAGGGAUGGCGGGAUGUUGUUAUAUACUGUAUCUUGAUGAUGAACAGAAUACCAUGCGCCACCGAACUGUAUGCACUUACUUUUGCUUUUCCUUGCUCCCUGCUGUUGUGAUGCGCCUGGAAUUGGAUGGUGUGCUAGUGCAAAGAGGAAUGAGAAAACUUAAAACCCUGCACACACUGGGUGUUGUGAACAUCGGACAACGAGGGAAGCUCGUUCUACAGGACAUAAAAGAACUCACGCAGUUGCGCAAGUUUGGAGUGACUGGCGUCAAGAAGGAGAACGGACAAGAGUUGUGCUCAGCAAUUGUUGGUCUCAGCCGGUUGGAGUCAUUGUCAAUCCGGUCAGAGGGGGAGCCAGGUCUAUGUGACUGCUUGGAUGGAAAAUUCUCGUUUCCGGAGACAUUGCAGAGCCUCAAGCUGUACGGCAACCUGGUCAAACUGCCGGAAUGGGUCCAGGGCCUCAAGAAUCUGGUGAAGCUGAAGCUGCGGAGCUCCAGGAUAACAGAGCAUGAUACAACAAUACAACUCCUUGGGAAUCUACCCCAUCUGGAGUUCCUGCAUAUGUUGGAGAAGUCAAUCGAGGGUGAAGAGGUCCGUCUCAGUUUCCAGCCGGGGAUGUUCCCGAGCCUGGCGGUGCUGGAGCUGAGCAUGGGACUCGAAGGAAGGCUCAAGUCCGUCAUGUUUGAACAAGGAACAACCAUGAAGCUUGAGGUGCUCAAGUUUGGUACGACUACAUACAUCGACAGCAGUUCCGUUUUGGGUCUACCAUCUCUCGCGACCCUCAAGGAAGUUGUGCUCGAAGGUAAGUAUGGUGACCCUGAAUUGGCAUACCUGAGGGCUGAGAUCGCUGAGAAUCCACAUCGACCCGUUGUGAAGAGGGUCUGAUCGAGCUUGAGAGGUCAAUCACGCGCAAACAUCCAAGGCAAGCUAGGAGUAUUGUCUGUGUUUUCAUUUGUGUGCAGUAUCUGUGAGCAGUUUUCUUUUUGUGAAGAAUAUCUAUGAGCAGUUAAUCGUUGAUCUUUCCAUUCGUGUUGGUUGAUAGCUUGUUUCAAAGUCACAUAUCACCUGUAGUUAUGUAUAGGUUGCGACGCCAGCUGGUGUCCUGAGAGUUAUGUAUAAGUCACAUAUCACCUGAUUAUGUUUGUCUAUUCUUCAUAUGGGAUGGCAGCCAACUCUGGAAUUAUGUGUAAUGUUGUGUUCGUCGUA